AUGAGUAAAGACGAGUUCAAGACGAAUUAUGAAGACCAACUAGAAGAAUGGGCUCGAUAUCAGGAGGCUUGGUCCAAAACCUUCAAUCAGUGUCUGGAAGAGCUAGAGGAGGAGGUUGCUGGACCAUCAAGCCCCCCACCAGUAAUCAAAGAUGAACAGCAGGAGUAUUGGGGGCCAAAUACUCUGAAGGAAUGGGCUCUUGACGGCCACGGCAGCUCUGGUUUGCAUAACCUGACGGGAGAACAACAUCCCGAGUUACCUAACGAUCCUGAAGGAACCCUAGACGACCAUGAGCUUUUCAAUUUUUGGCAAAGUGAAAACCAAGAAAUGAUCAAAUCUGAAGAAAUUCCUUGCCAACAACAAGAAUUAGGGGAUCAACAUUCCAAGCUACCACCCAACGACACUGGAGGAAGCCAAUACCAGGGAAUCCUCAACUCUGAAGCCGGAAGCCAACAAGGGGAAUUGGGGAAUCAACACCCUGAAUUACCCAACGAUACUGGAGAAAGCCAACAAAAACCACAGAAUUUUGGUGAAAGUUCACGGCAAGGGUUGCAAACUUUUCAGAACAAUCAACUGGAAGGACUGAAAAGCUUUGAUGAAGGUCAACAGCAGGAACCAACUGACCAGUCAGAGUUGAAUGAACCAUGGAACGGCGAUCUAUCCUCUCCAGCACCGAGACACACAGCUCCAGAGUCUGAUGACUAUGCUUCCACAGUUUCUGGUUCCCAGUCUUCUCCUAAGCCAACUGACCUCGAGAAAUACCUCCCAUAUCUGGGCCCCGAAGAGAAUCUCACUCCCGAGGAACUUAAAGCAAAGCUGCAGUUUCAGCACGAUGUCUUGUCGAUGCAUCGGUAUAACCAGCGCCUCGCAGAGAAAAAGUCAAAAGAAAAAGCUAGGAUGAAAAGCAAAGAUAAGGGCAAGGGUAAAGAGAGGAUCCAAAACAACCUCGUUUACGACCCAGCAAUCCAUAAAUUUGAUCCCUCAACCAUAUAUGCAGGCCCCUCUAAUAUGAAAAAGCGUUUUUAUUAUGAGAUCUCUGAUGAUGAUGAAGAGCCAGGCCAACAACAACCACGGCAGUCGCGCAAAGUAGGGGAGAAACAGGAACACCCAAAGCAACAAGAAGAUGAUAUCACCUUCGAGGAAUUCCAGGUUUUGUACAUGAACCUCGAUCCGAACAUUGUGUACACUCUUCGCGAAGGCGAACAGGGGCCAAGCUCAAAGCGUGCCAAAAUGAGCAAUGGCGGGCGCCCUGUACGCCCCCCUAAAGAGGAUGAUAGAUGGAAUAUCUGGACAGUCGGAGAUCCAAGCCUCAAACUCAGGGGAUCCAAUAUAUCUGCGGAGUAUCUGAGGACGGUGUUAUUUGAAGAUGCGGGUGCCUCUGGUGAGCGGAGGACAAAGUGGUCGCUGACCAAAUUGUGCGAGAGAUUGGUCCAGAGAAGGGAAUAUAGGGAGAAGGAGGCACGCAGAUUAGGAACCAGACCUUUUGGGAAACCAAAGAACUGGAGCCCGGAGCUUCCAUGGUGGAAUUAUUUCGAUGAUGUUUAG